AUGUCUGCAGGGGAGACACAGAGCUCGCUACGCCAGAGGCGCAAGUCCUCAGCGGAGAGCAUCAAGACAGACACGACCGUUGAUGACUUUCACAAGACGCGCAAGGACGAAGAGGUGGUAUGGGGGAAGACACCUGCUGGCGAAGUGUUCCGUGUGCCUACAACCCAUGAUGUUCUCACCGCGUUAUUCCAUCCCGCAUACCCCAAGUCUCACUUGGAUAUCCUUAAUCUCGGUUUGCUUGGACUACAGCUUGUCCUCUUCUUUGUCUUACCUCGCUCUGUGGCUAGAGUCUUCUUCGUGUUGUAUUUCGCUUUCUGGAGAGCCGCGUAUGAUCUUGGACUGGGGUGGGUCCUCACGAAGCAGAGCAAGCGUAAAUGGAUCGUGAAGGAAGUGCAGAGGCGAGGCUGGCUAGACGAGCAAUGCAGACCCGCAGUGCGUAACUGGAUUCGGCAACAACUGCAAGGAAAGAUGGGCAAGGAUUAUUCUUUUGAUGAUUUGCCAUUGGAGUAUAAUGCAUGGCUUCUCUUUCGGCAAAUGGUCGACAUCAUUCUUCUGAAUGAUUUCUUAGCCUAUUGCAUGUUUGCCUUCACGUGCUUUCGGGUGCCCGAAGGUCUGUCGACCACGGUUCAUGUUAUGAGAUGGAUUGGGGGAAUUGCAUUGAUUGCAUUUAAUCUGUGGGUCAAGACGGAGGCGCACAAUGUCGUCAAGGAUUACGGCUGGUACUGGGGCGACGUCUUCUUCCAGCGUGGUGCCCUUGUAUUCGAUGGUGUAUUCGAACUAGCACCUCAUCCGAUGUACUCUGUCGGUUAUGCCGGAUACUACGGCCUGUCGCUUAUAAUCGGCAGUUACCCGGUCCUAUUCGUGAGCUUGGCAGCUCACGCAGCUCAAUUUGGCUUCCUGGUUUUCUUCGAGAAUCCUCACAUCGAGAGAACUUACGGACAGCGCAAACCACUGGCUUAUCGUUCUCCCCUUCUGACCUCCACGUCGCGUAAGCUCGGGCCAGUCUCAACUUCACAUGUUCGCCAGAGUUCUGUCGCAUCCGUUGACCUCACAACACCCUCAGCCACCGAGGGCGAGAGCGCCACGGAGACUGAUGAAUUGCAGACGGAAACGGAGACGGAAACAGAGCUGGAUGCUGAUACGCCACGCAAGAAGGCUAAGCGCCAGUCUGCUUCCUCCUUCGCAUCUGUAUCCACUGCGAGUGACGCCGCCGGCAUCAAGCGUAGGGGCUCUGGGGCGCUUUCUCAACAUGAUCUCACAAAUCAAUACUUCAGGAAGGACAUGAUCUUCUUGCACAAUCUGGAUAUUCUGAGAGCGUCCGAUCUGAAGCUUGUUCUCGCCAUCUUUUAUCCAAUUGUCGGUUCUUUUAUGCCCCAGCUAUCACACAAGGGACUGCUCACCGUGCAUUUCGUGCACGCUCUGGCGUGGUGCUUGUUCCACUCUUUCGGCCUCGGAUUGAUCUUGCGGGCCCAAUCUGAGAAGAAGUUCCUCGUACGGCACUUUCUGAAACAUUACUAUUACCCGCAGAACGACCACGGAAAGGGCGCCGUACACGAGGCGUUCACCAACUGGAAGUCUAUGUACAAUCUAAGCAUGUGCAUGACCUACGUAUCGACGAUCUGUCUGGCAUGGAAGACUUACACUCUGCCACAAGAAUGGAGUGUCGGAAACGAGCUUUUACGCCAUACUCUCGGCACGAUUCUCAUUGGGCUGCAUGUCUGGGCAACGAUGGAGUCCUACGAGGCUCUCGGGCUGUUCGGCUGGUUCUUCGGCGACUUCUUCAUGGAGGAUUUCCCUGCACACCUUGAAUACACUGGCAUUUACCGAUACCUGAACAACCCCGAAGUCACGAGCGGGGCGGCGUUCUUCGGCCUUGCAUUGAUUAGUGGAAGCAAAUUGGUAUUUGCUUUGGCGGUUAUCCGUCAUCUAUCUCAAUGGUGGUUCUUGAGCAACGUCGAGAACCCUCACAUGCGGAAGUUGUACGGCGAGUCGCUGCGGAACGACGCGGGCUUCGUCAAGGUGAUCAAGAAGGUGGCCAACAAGAAUGCCCGGCUACUUGAGUCCCGUGCUGGCCGUCAUGCUCCGGAGAUCAGGCGAGUAGCUCGCGAGGUCAAGGGCACCUUUGACAAGGUCUACGAGGAGACAGCAGACGUUGUGGAGGAAUUUUUGGCAAAAUCUCGUCCGAAGAUUUCAGAGGUUGUGCAAGAUACCAAGGUUCUUCUGCAGCAAUCACGGGAACGUUUGGUCAUCUCUCGCGUCGCCAACGAUUUGUCGUCCUAUGACACCACCAAGUACAAGGUCACCAUCAUGCCCUGUACCGAAGGUAUGCUGCGUUUCCAUUUGGGCGAGCCUAUCAGGGUGAAGUGGCGUGCUCCCCUGCACCAUUCUCGCCGAGAUUGGAUCGGCAUCUAUAGGGUCGGAGCCAAUCAGUCUAAUCUUGUAACGAAGACCUCGUCUCUCGGCAUGUGGGUUCCUGUUCACAACGAAGAGUGGGAUGGAGAUAUCCCAUUAAGUUUGAACCGACCGGGGCGGCCGGAGAACGAUUCAGAGACGGGAGAGGUUGUAUUUGAGCGUGGUACUCUCCCGUGGAAGACGGGACGCUACGAGAUCCGCUACCAUCAUGCUGGCAAAUACAAUGUGAUGAGCCUUGACGGCCCGUUCGAAGUUUACGUGGAAAAACCGAGCGCAAUGAACUUCGGGAACGUCCGGUCGAGCCUCAUGCACAUCGUCCCACUCUGCCUCGACUCGGACCCGUCAUUAAUCCCGCUGUCCUGCAAGACUGAUGGCCAAUCGAGCGACGUGCAGGGGGAGGACGAGGGUCGUGACGCAGACGACUUCCGGUUCUGGUCGGAGAGGCAGGCGAAGCGGAUCUCGGUGGCCGUGAAGCAGGCAUUUGGAGUUGAGCUCACACCCGAGGUCAUUGUCGCCGAUGCGAACUUGAGUGCGCUCGCCAAUCGGAUCCUGGUGACAAGAGAGCUCUUUUCAGACUAG